AUGUCUAAUGACAUUACAGCCAUCUCUGGCAAGGAGUGCCAUGUUGGUGGCUACACUCUACUGAACACAAUCGGAGAGGGGGCCUACGCGAAGGUGAUGCUGGCCAGGCACAGAGUAACCGGCACAGAGGUAGCUGUGAAAAUUGUCAACAAGCAGAGCUCUCUAAGUUUACGAGAAUUUCAUUGUCUGAAAAAUUUAAAUCAUCCUAACAUCGUUAAGCUAUUUGAAGUUAUUGCUACCAAAGAUAAGUACUUCCUGUUCAUGGAGCACAUCAGCCGAGGGCACUUACUUGAUUAUCUUGAGAACUCUGGCCCCCAGACAGAAGAGGAUGCCCGAACUAUAUUUAGGCAGUUGAUAUCUGCGGUAUAUUAUUGUCAUCAGAAAGGGUUCGUACACCGCGACCUAAAGCCUGAGAACAUCCUCCUCGACAGUGAGAAUAACAUCAAAUUAGUUGAUUUUGGCUUUAGUACAAAACUUUUAGAACAAAAAUUUAAUACCUUCUGUGGUACUGUUUCGUAUAUGGCACCGGAGAUCUUGAGGAGCGAACCCUACAACGGGCCAAUGGUUGAUAUCUGGAGCAUGGGGGUCAUCCUUUAUCGGAUGCUCACGGGGAGGCUGCCGUUCGUGGGGGACAACUUUGGGGAAGUCAAGCGGCAGAUAUUGACAGGGCACUUCAUUGUACCACACUUCCUGUCUGAAAAAUGUCAACAACUUUUAAAACAAAUAAUUACCCCUGACCUCACGAAACGACCAACUCUGGACGCUAUAAUAAAGGAUCCCUGGGUCACUGCUGGCCAGAAGGAAGUGAAGCUGCACAGCGAGCCGCCCUGGGAGGACCUUGACUCCCAGGUAAUGGAAAAAAUGAGAAGCCUUGGGUUUAACCUGGAGGAAGUAAAGGAGGCGACAUCUUUCCACAAACCAAGAGCUUCUGGAGGCAGGACAGAAAACUGGCAAGUCUACCAGUCCCCCCACCAGUGUGACAGCGAAAGUGGCCGUACCCCCCGCCAGUGUGACAGCGAGAGUGGCCGUACCCCCCCCCAGUGUGACAGCGAGAGUGGCCGUACCCCCCCCCAGUGUGACAGCGAGAGUGGCCGUACCCCCCCCCAGUGUGACAGCGAGAGUGGCCGUACCCCCCGCCAGUGUGACAGCGAGAGUGGCCGUACCCCCCGCCAGUGUGACAGCGAGAGUGGCCGUACCCCCCCGCAGUGUGACAGCGAGAGUGGCCGUACCCCCCCCCCAGUUGUGACGGCAAGAGUGGCCGUCCCCACCACCAGCGAGGCCGUCCCCUCCACCAGUGUGGCGGCGAGAGUGGCCGUCCCCUCCACCAGUGUGGCGGUGAGAGUGGCUGUCCCCACCGCCAACGUGGCCGUGCCCUCCACCAGUGUGGCGGCAAGAGUGGCCGUCCCCUCCACCAGUGUGGCGGCGAGAGUGGCCGUCCCCACCGCCAGCGUGGCCGUCCCCUCCACCAGUGUGGCGGCGAGAGUGGCCGUCCCCACCGCCAGCGAGGCCGUCCCCUCCACCAGUGUGGUGGCGAGAGUGGCCGUCCCCACCGCUAGCACGGCAGCCAGGGUGGCCGUCCCCACCGCCAGCAAGGCAGCGAGCGUGGCCGUCCCCACCGCCAGUAUGGCAGCCAGGGUGGCUGUCCCCACCACCAGAAAGGCAGCGAGCGUGGCCAUCCCCACCGCCAGCAAGGCAGCCAGGGUGGCCGUCCACCAUGCUUCCACAGAAGCAAGGGCCACCUCUCCCCUAUCCUGCCCUGAGUCCGGGACCACCACCCUCAGCCCAGCCUUCCAGAAUGGUUCUGGGGGCUCCUGCAGCAGCAACAGCAGCAGCGCCGGCGGCAGUGGCAGCAGGAGUGGCAGCCCCACCAGCUGUACCAGCCGCACCAGCCGCACCAGCCCCACCAGCUGCACCAGCAAUACCAGGAGCAGCAGCCCCACCAGCCGCACCAGCCGCACCAGCCGCACGAGCCGCACCAGCCCUACCAGCCGCACCAGCAAUACCAGGAGCAGCAGCCCCACCAGCCGCACCAGCCGCACCAGCCGCACGAGCCGCACCAGCCCUACCAGCCGCACCAGCAAUACCAGGAGCAGCAGCCCCACCAGCCGCACCAGCCCUACCAGCCACACCAGCCCUACCAGCCGCACCAGCAAUACCAGGAGCAGCAGCCCCACCAGCCGCACCAGCCCUACCAGCCACACCAGCCACACCAGCCGCACCAGCCGCACCAGCCGCACCAGCCACACCAGCCGCACCAGCCCCACUAGCAACACCCAAGGCACUUCCUCUGAUCACAGGCAGGGCUGGCAGUGGGACCAAGAUAAGGACCACAGCCACACCAGCCCGACCAGCCCCACCAGCCGCACCAGCAACACCAGCCGCAGCAGCCCCACCAGCCACACCAGCAACACCAGCCGCACCAGCAACACCAGCCGCACCAGCAACACGAGCCCGACCAGCCCCACCAGCAACACCAGCAACACCAGCCGCAGCAGCCCAACCAGCCGCACCAGUUCCACCAGCUGCACCAGUUCCACCAGCCGCACCAGCAACACCAGCCCCACCAGCCCCACCAGCAACACCAGCUGCAGCCGCCCCACCAGCCGCACCAGAAACACCAGCCGCAGCAGCCCCACCAGCCGCACCAGCAACACCAGCCGCACCAGCAACACCAGCCGCAGCAGCCCCACCAGCCGCACCAGCAACACCAGCCGCAGCAGCCCAACCAGCCGCACCAGUUCCACCAGCCGCACCAGCAACACCAGCCCCACCAGCCCCACCAGCAACACCAGCCGCAGCCGCCCAACCAGCCGCACCAGUUCCACCAGCCGCACCAGCAACACCAGCCCCACCAGCCCCACCAGCAACACCAGCCGCAGCCGCCCCACCAGCCGCACCAGCAACACCAGCCGCACCAGCAACACCAGCCGCAGCAGCCCCACCAGCCGCACCAGCAACACCAGCCGCAGCAGCCCAACCAGCCGCACCAGUUCCACCAGCCCCACCAGCCGCACCAGCCCCGCCAGCCGCACCAGCCCCGCCAGCCGCACCAGCCCCACCAGCCCCACCAGCCGCACCAGCCGCAGCAGCCCCGCCAGCCCCACCAGCCUCAGCAGGCCCCGCCAGCCCCACCAGCCCCACCAGCCGCAGCAGGCCCACCAGCCCCACCAGCCGCACCAACCCCACCAGCCGCACCAGCCCCACCAGCCGCACCAGCCGCAGCAGCCCUGCCAGCCCCACCAGCCUCAGCAGCCCCACCAGCCUCAGCAGGCCCCGCCAGCCGCACCAGCCGCACCAGCCUCAGCAGCCCCGCCAGCCCCACAGCCGCAGCAGCCUCCGCCAGCCGCACCAGCCGCACCAGCCUCAGCAGGCCCCGCCAGCCCCACCAGCCGCACCAGCCCCACCAGCCGCAGCAGCCGCAGCAGCCGCAGCAGCCGCAGCAGCCCCACCAGCCGCACCAGCUCCACCAGCCACACCAGCCCCACCAGCCCCACCAGCCCCACCAGCAACACCCAAGGCACUUCCUCUGACCACAGACAGGGCUGGCAGUCAGAUGUGGAAAGCUCUGGAGGAAGAGGACUCCAGGCAGAGGGGACAGCCGAGCUGCAGGGGCGCAGGCUCAGUGAGCUGGAGUGGGGGCGACAGGAGGUGGGGCUGCACAGAGCUCCCGGGCGUGGGAUGGAGUAUGGCUUUUACUCUGAGAACAAUGAUCAACCCCGGAAGGGUUUUAAGCGAUAA